CGGGACUGCAGCCACCGUGGCUCCUCUAAAUCUCGUGUGCCUCGGCCCGCUGUCGAUGGCUGCACCGGAGGCGUAGUCUUCUAACUUGUGCAUCACGUGAGCUCUGGUGUCUCGUUGGAAAUUGAAAUGUUCCGCGUUUUAGCGCUGCCCAGUCGCUAGACAUCCUCUGUCGCGGCCGCAUUAGCGUUAGGAAGUUCCCUCUUAAAGAUCGUGUUACAAGUCCGUCUGUCCGGCCACUCGAGCGAAUUUCGGCUUCCCCCUUGCUGCGGAUGUGUUUAAUCUGGAGAAACGCCGUCCACCGAAGAAAGUUGACAAACAUAUCCGGCCUCAGAAACCCACGUCCGUCUCCGUCGUUAAGAGGUGCCACGAGGAAAGAUGGACAACGCUAAGGAAGAGACGAUAAACAUGCAACUCAUCGGUUCCGAGAGUCCGUACAAAGUUAACAAUGAAAUCGCCGGAAGUGGCCUGAACGCGUCGGAAGUCCCAAUAUCGCCGGCUUCGAACGUGGAAGACUACGACCCCCAUAAACAUCGAAAUAGGCCGAACCCAACUUCAAACACGGAAACGUUGAUCCACUUGUUGAAGGGAAGCCUCGGGACAGGGAUUUUAGCGAUGCCCAACGCGUUCUGCAACAGUGGACUGGUGACUGGUGUGAUAGCCACAGUGAUUAUCGGAGUGUUAUGCACUUAUUGCCUCCACGUACUAGUGAAAGCUCAGUACAAACUGUGUAAACGGUUAAGAGUUCCUAUAUUGAGUUACCCGAUGAGCAUGAAGUACGCUCUCGAGGGUGGUCCAGUAUGUGUCCGGUGGUUCGCACCUUACGCCCCAGGACUCGUAGACGGGUUCAUGAUAGCGUAUCAAUUGGGAAUAUGCUGCGUUUAUAUCGUAUUUGUAGCGUCGAAUAUAAAGCAGGUGGCGGACGAGUACUGGGAACCCCUGAACGUUAAAACGCACAUGCUUAUCUUGUUGCUACCUUUGAUUCUAAUCAAUUACGUGAGGAACCUUAAGUUGCUCGCGCCGUUCUCCACCCUGGCGAACGCGAUCACGUUCGUAGGGCUCGCCAUGAUCCUAGUCUACAUGUUCGACGACCUUCCAUCCCCCAGCGAGAGGGAGAUGUUCGGCACGCUGAGAGGCUUUCCCCUUUACUUCGGCACCACGCUAUUCGCGCUGGAGGCUGUAGGCGUGAUCAUCGCGCUAGAGAAUAAUAUGAAAACUCCGCAGUACUUUGGAGGAUACUGCGGCGUUCUCAACAUUGGAAUGACGGUUAUAGUGACUCUCUACAUUCUCAUGGGAUUCUUCGGAUACAUCAAAUACGGACCCUUGGCUGGCGCUAGCGUCACCUUCAAUUUGCCCCGCGACCAGAUUAUGGCCCAAAGCAUCAAGAUAAUGUUCGCCAUCGCCAUUUUCAUAACUCACGCCCUCCAAGGAUACGUUCCCGUUGAGAUCAUAUGGAACACUUACCUGGACCACAAGGUGCAAAAAAGGAAACUCUUCUGGGAGUACGUUUGCCGAACGAUUAUCACUUUGGCGACAUUCACGUUGGCCAUCACAGUACCCAGGCUGGGUCUCUUCAUCUCCCUGUUCGGCGCCCUCUGUCUCUCCGCCCUUGGGAUCGCGUUCCCGGCAAUCAUCGAGGUCUGCGUCCUCUGGCCGGAAAGGGACCUGGGCCCUUGCAUGUUCAUGCUAGUGAAGAACAUAUGUUUAAUCGUAUUCGGUGUGGUUGGCCUGGUCGUCGGCACCUACGUCAGUAUUGGCGACAUCAUAGAGUCGUUCAAGUGAAGCUACCGGUCGAUCAGCGGGUAUCCAUCAUGGAGAGCAAGAGGAGGAUGAAGAGUGAAAGGGAGAGAAAGAGAGCGAGAGAGAGAGAGAUAGAAAGAAAGAGAGAUAGAGAGAGAAAGGGAGAGAAGGAGAGAAAGCGAGAUAGAUAGAUAGGGAAAGAGAGAAAGAGAAAGAGAGGAAAAGUGAGAGGAAGAGAUAGGAUGAGGAUACAUGGUUCGCGUAGGUGAUGCGCCGCAGCUUCUCCCUGUUUAGCUUAAUACAUUUGAGACCGAUGAUCCUGCAGUCAGAGAGCAAUUGGGAAAGUGGUGAAAUUAGGAAGGAAAUGUACAAUGUAGUAUAAUAUACGUUCUAUUUGAAUGGUAGGAAUUGUUUGAUGAGAGUUUCUCUUAUUAUUUCUUUGUCAAUUUGAUUCUUUGGUUAUCGCAACUGCACAAACCAAAGACGUCGGUCUCUAGUGUGUGAAAGAAGCGGCGCUUUAGGUAGACAGUACCUCGUAAACGCAGAGGCAGAGAAGAUCUAUUAGGGAACGCGAGCAGUCCGAGAGCAUUCGGGACAAACGCUUCAAUCGCGUCACCGCCGAUAGUGCACUUAGGCCGUUCGUUUAUUUUUUUCUAGACCUUUAAGGUGUAAGUAGGAGGAACCGCGCGGUGUUGGGCGGAGGGAACAGUGCUUUUUACGGUACUGUCCGCGAGCAGGGCUGGAGAGGAGCGAGGGAAGAAGGGAGGGAAGUAGAAUGAUAGUGGAACUGAAGGAAUCAGUGAAAAUGAGGAUGGAUGGAGCAGGAUCUGGUGGUUUGAUGAAUUGACGGUAAUAUUGAAGAGGAAAGGAAGAGGCAGGGUUUUGUAAAAUGAGUAUCGUCUUCCUCAUAUUCUUCUUGAUUUUAUUGUUACAUAAGAGUUCUGUUUGGAAAAAGGUUUGAGAAAUUGUAUGUAUUCUUUUCUCAGCGCUAAUUCGAAUAGUCGUGUUGAGGAAGAUUAAUUGGAAAUUCUGGAGCUUAGCUGCUUGAACGAGAGUGCAAAGAAUUUUGAAGUUAUGUGGAAUGAAGAGUUGAGAAUGUACAAUGAAGAGAUUAUAGAUGAGAACAAGGUAAGGUCUAUCAGUUUCUUGAAACUUGACAAGUUGGAGAGAAUGUCGAAAUGAAUCCUAAGCUUCGGAGUUUGACAAGGAGAGAAAAGAAAGUUGGAAAAGGAGGGAAACUUGGAGAUCUUGAAUAUAAGGAAUUAUUAAAAAAUUAAUUGAUUGAUUUAGAGUUGUAAGUGCAAUUGAAGCUCAGAACAGCUCCACUCGUAGACAGUAAUUUCUUCGAGUAAUUCAGACGAUUCUGAAGAGAACACGAUUGCCUAUUAGAUACUAUACUAACGUAAUCAACAAUUACGCCCAACACCGGACGCGAGAAGAGAAUGAAAAAGGACAAAAAAUAUACAACGUAGAAAGUAAAUCAUCGACGAACGAAACCUGUGAUCGAAGAUUUUAUACAGGAAUGACCGAUGCAUUUCUAUUGAAUUGUUGAACCAGUUGCAGAUGUAUAUGGACGUUAAUUGUUCUCCAACUUCCGAUCGGAUGUUCGCAAUCCUUCGACGGCGUUCCCUUCGUCCUGGUGAUACGAGUACUUACGUUCACUGUGUACACGUACGCGCGUACACUUUGAAAACGUGACACAGGCGUUGCCGACACGUAAUCGUAGACUGUUAGGAUACGUAGGAAAGGAAUUGAUUAUUAUUAAAUUAAGAUAGAGUAAUCUUAGAAAUAAUACCCUACAGGGCUAAUAUGAAGAGUGGAUAAAGUUUUAAAUAAUCUAGAUCUAGGAAAACAUUAGUUAAAGCAAAACAACCCGUUGAUGACCGAGAUUCAUUGAAACGGUGAAAGUAGGAAAUAAUUUUUAAAAAUGAUGGAGCCAAGAAGAAAUUCUGAAAGUGGCAAAUGCAAAUGAGAGUAGAGAAUGCAACAAGCAGUGAUCUACAGUAAUUGCUCAAUAAAUGCAACAAAUGGGAAAAUUGUUUAAAAUGGAAUUCUUUUUAGAAAUGUAAAUGUGUUCUUGAGCAUCAAGGGGUCUGGAAACUUUCUUUAACGCCUGGUUCACGCCAAGAUCGUAUACCACGACGAGGGAAGGCCGACAGAACAAGAAAGUCUAUGAAAGAUGCCAGCAAUAUAUAUAUAUAUAUAUAUAUAUAGUAGAUUGUUACGCCUUAUUUUCUAUCGAGAAGCUUGCUGCUGCUAAGCGAAGCAGGGUAAACCGAACAAAGUUCAAAGUACACGACGAAGCCAAGGUUCGUCGCCACUUCGCGCCGUCACUGCCGGGAAAUUGCUCGGAUCAUCGCGCAAAAAGGGACAGAGAAGAAAGCUUUAGGUAAAAUAUUCGAUGCACCGAUAAGUGAUUCAUCUCUGCUUUAAUCCCAGAUUAAAUAGCCUAUUAUCCUACAUUAUAAGUGAACACACGUAAAUCUCCAUGUUCAUAGAUUACUCCAUAACAAUCAGGAGAUUUAUUUCGAAAUAAUUCUAGAAAUAUUCUUUAACCAUCCUCGCCAUUGUAUAUUUGCCUGUCUCGUCUCUUAUUUUACAAUGAUCCCAGGCAGAGGUUGAAUUAUGUAUUGAUGCAUCCGAUAUGAACAAGAAAUCGCGAUCUCGUCGACAUCUUCCUGUUUUCGCGUUUUCGAUGAUCGCACAACCACCUCCGCCGAUUCUGCCGUACAUUUUUCCGUUUCCGCGCACUCUCCGAUAGGACGCUGUUCACAGCGGAUUGUCGACGAACGAACGGACCGUAGAAUAGAACGUUUCUCUUCUUCCUUUACAUCGGUACGUUUACAAGGGGUUUUCUAUCUUUUAAGUUUACACGUUCCAUUCCACGCAGGAGGCUCAUUCGAAUGGAACCCACGAUUCCGUCGUUCGACAUUCUAAAGCGAUGAAAGUAUCUAGUGGACUGUAACCUCUUCGACCCUUUGCCCUAUGAUAUCGUGUCAGACCCGUGAUGGAAGCAUUAAACUGAAUUCGACAAAUCUGAAUGUUAUUUAUUUCUGUUAGAAAUUCAAUGUUCCUUCUGUCGCCGUAGAAAAUAGUACCAAAUUCUUGUUUCUCUGAUAAAUCAUGAGCUACUUUCAUUGCGAAAGAGAUCAUAGGGCAGAGCGAUUGCUUUUAUUAUUUAAAUUGAGUACGAUCGAUUAUAUUCAAUGUAACGUUUAAUUAAAUAUAAAAUUAUCAAAUUCA